GCUGAAGAGCCACACUUAGGAGCUUCAUCUGUCUGCAGGAGAACCCCUCAGAACAUCCAGAACAUCUCUGAUUUACCCGAUCUUAAGAAAGCUGCUUAUCUUUGUGAUUGUUGCUGGAUUUGAGCAGUUUUUCAGCAAGACCUGAGGUGAAUUUAAACUGACCAGGAUGAAGUACUACCAGUGCCCCGUGUCCCAGACCAUGGGAAUCAAGGCUUACCCCCAGGAUUGUGACAUCCCAGUCAGCUGCAAGAACUCUGCUUCUCUGAAGCCAAUCCGCAGCGUGCACUUCCCCAACGACGUCGUUUUUCAGGACUAUGUGCGACACGGCGAGCUGGAGAGGAUUGGACGUUUCAUCCGAGCCAGAAGAGUCAGUCUGGACACCAUCUACCACUCAGGUAUGGCUGCCAUCCAUGAGGCCGUCCUGUCCGGGAACCUGGACUGUGUGAAGCUGCUGGUCCAGCACGGAGCAGAUAUCCACCAGAGGGACGAGGAGGGAUGGACCCCACUGCACAUGGCCUGCAGCGAUGGCUUCCCUCACAUUGCACGCUACCUCCUGUCGCUGGGUGCAGACCCGGAGCUGGAAAACGAGUGCGGGGAGAAGCCGGCUGACCUCAUUGAACUGGACAACAAGGAGCUGCUGGAGCUCUUCGGGGUGGCUGUCAGUGAAUGAAAACAUCCUGCUUUUUAAAGCCACAAACUCAUGUGAAACCUACUGCCCAGUCACCUGACUGCUGCGCAGGGGAGGACAGAAAAGGACACGUCGGUCCAGCAUAUUGAUGCUGUGAGCUGUCUGAGCUCUGGAGGUCAAAGACUGAGGAUGUAUGGUGGAAGGAGGCUGCCUCCUGAGUGGAGUGAACUUUUGCUGCUCGACCCCCCCACCUGAUCUCGGGCUGUACAUAUGUCGUGCAUCCUAUAAGAGCGCACCAUCUUUUUAUACUGAAAUGAAGUGAUUGAAUCAUUGGGUUUGUAUUUUAUCUGGCAUGUUGCUGGAAGUAGAGCUUCUGAAUGUUUUCAAAGUUGAAACGGUUGUUCCACUGUUCGCACCACAAAGCUAAGCAUAGCAAACAGGCUUGUGUUUAUUGCCUUACUAUCAUAUAUGUUUGCAAUUAAUCAGAAGUUAUUAACACCCAUGGUUGUUUUUUAUAAUUAUUUUUCUUGCCUUCUGAUCACUUUUAGACUAAGUGAACUGUAUUCAUUUGUUGUUGUUUGUAUAUGACAUUUUAUACUUAAUAAACUAAAUAAA